AUGGACAAUGAAGCAGAAAUGAUCGAGGAAAUCACCAAUGAUAUUUUGGGUAAGUUGAAGUUAACCUUACCAAAGGAUUUUGAUGACUUUGUUGGAAUGGAAGAUCAUAUCGCAGAGAUUAGUUCGCGGCUGCGUUUGGAAUCAGAGGAAGUGAAGAUGGUUGGGAUAUGGGGUCCUUCUGGAAUUGGCAAGACGACAAUCGCGAGAGCUGCGUUUAAUCGGCUCUCUUGUAACUUCCAAGGUAGCGUAUUCAUAGACAGGGCUUUCGUAUCUAAGAGCAGGAACAUUUAUGCAAGAGCCAACCCGGACGACUAUAACAUGAGGCUGCACUUGCAAAGAAAUUUCCUCUGUGAAAUUCUAGGCAAAAGGCACAUAAAAAUCGAUCAUUUAGGUGCGGUGGGAGAGAGGCUAAAGCGCAGGAAAGUUCUCAUUGUUCUUGAUGAUUUGGAUGAUCAAGUGGUGUUAGAUACUUUGGUUGGUCAAACUAAUUGGUUUGGAAGUGGGAGCAGAAUCAUUGUGGUUACAAAAGAUAGGCAUUUUCUAAGAUCCCAUGGGAUUGAUUGUGUUUAUGAGGUUGGUCUCCCGGCUGAGAACCUAGCACUAGAGAUGUUGAGCCGGUAUGCUUUCAAGCAAAGAUGUCCUCUCGCUGGUUUCACUGAGCUCGCAGUUGAAGUUGCAAAUCUUUUUGGAUAUCUUCCUUUGGGUCUUAAGGCUUUGGGUUCGUACUUGAGGGGAAGAGACAAGGAGUCUUGGAUCAUGCAUGGUCUUCGAAAAGGCCUGAACAAGAAACUCGAGGAAGCACUGAGAGUUGACUACGAAGGGCUAGGUAGCAAGAAAGAUAAGGCGAUAUUCCGUCACAUUGCUUGUUUAUUGAAUAAUGUGGAGAUCAAUGACAUCAAGCUGCUUCUUGAAGAUAGCGGCUUAGAUGUUAAUACCGGUCUUGACAACCUACUUGAUAAUGCUCUAAUACGUGAAAGAUGGAAUGUUGUGCAUAUGCACUGCUUAGUGCAAGAAAUGGGUAAGGAAAUGGUACGCGCACAGUCUAAGAACCCUACAAAACGAGAGUUCCUAGUGGACUCAAAGGAUAUUUGCGAUGUACUUGGUGGUAACGUUGUUGCUGAAAAGCUUUCUGGUAUAUCACUGAAUCUAUCAGAGUUGGAAGAGUACCCUUUGAAAUGUUUGCCUUCAAGUUUCCGUGGUGAAGAUCUCGUUGUGCUCAAAAUGCGGAACAGCAAGCUCGAGAAGUUGUGGAAUGGAGCUCAGUCGCUUUCAUUGCUCGAGCAUAUGGAUUUGCGGGGAUCUACAUGGCUGAAAGAAAUCCCAGAUUUGUCAAUGGCCACCAAUCUCAUGACGCUGGAUCUCAGAGGUUGCCAAAGUUUGGUGGAGCUACCAGGAAGCAUUUUAGAAUGGAAUAACUUGGAGCUUCUUCCAAGAAGCAUCAACCUAGAAUCUCUCUAUCGGCUUGAUCUCGGUGGAUGCUCACGGUUUAGGAUCUUUCCGGAUAUCUCAAGGAACAUCUCAUUUCUUAUUUUGAACCAAACAGCGAUCGAAGAAGUUCCUUGUUGGAUCGAGAAUUUCUCUAAGCUCAUAAGCCUAGAUAUGUGGGGUUGCAGAAAGCUAAAACGUAUAUCCCCAAACAUUUCUAAGAUGAAACUUCUUGAAAAGGCUGAUUUUUCAAACUGCGAGGCAUUGACUGAAGCGAGCUGGCUUGACCAUCCAAGUCUGGAAGUAAAUACUCACACGAAGUUGCCAGUGCUCAAUUUCAUCAACUGCCUCAAGUUAGAGAUCAAGAAGCUCUCAUUCAACAAUCAGUCUUCAAGUACUUGA